ACAAGACCAAAGGCCCCAGAGAGAAUCAAAUGGCUCACCCAAUUCACCAAGCAAAUGAAAACAGCCCAUUUGGAGAGCUCACAAGAGAAGAGUUCUACAAGAAACACAGUGUCCUUCACCAGGAAAAGUUCAUCCUCAACAAGCAGAACAUGAAGAUCUUCACACAGUGUUGGGGCCCUGAUUCAACCAUUCGGCCAAGGGGAGUAGUUGCCAUGGUCCAUGGCUACACCUCUGACAGUAGUUGGAUCUUCGAGCUCACUGCAGUGGCCAUUGCUAAGUCUGGGUUUUAUGUCACAGCACUUGACCUCCAAGGCCAUGGCUUCUCUGAGGGCCUGAGUGGUCACAUUCCAGACAUCAGACCAGUCGUCGAUGACUGCAUCCAAUGCUUUGACACAGCUCGAGCUAACCACCCAAAGCUUCCAGCCUUUCUAUAUGGAGAGUCACUUGGGGGUGCAAUAGCCAUUCUAGUUGCCCUGAGACAGAAAGAGCUAUGGAGUGGUCUGGUUCUGAGUGGAGCCAUGUGUGGGGUGUCUGCCAAGUUCAGACCAGCGUGGCCCCUUGAGAUGCUGCUCCCGGUGGCAGCUUUCUUUGCACCCACUUGGAAAAUAGUGAUCACAAAGCCCAUAGCCAGCAGGUCCUUCAAGGAGGAGUGGAAGAGAAAGCUGGUGGCCGGAAAUCCGAACCGCCGGAGCUCCGGUAAGCCGCCGGCAGCCACUGCACUGGAGUUCCUCCGAGUGUGUGAGCAGGUAAAGAGGAGGUCCCAUGAGUUGGAGCUCCCUCUGCUAGUGCUCCACGGGGAAGAUGACCAAGUGUGCGACUCAGACUCUGCAAGGCUGUUGUAUGAAUUGGCAGAAAGCAAGGACAAAACGCUGAAAAUCUUUUCAGGAAUGUGGCAUCAACUGAUCGGUGAGCCAAAGGAAGGCGUGGACAUGGUUUUUGGAGCAAUUUUAUCAUGGCUUCGAGAUAGAACUAGCAAUGGUUUGGUCAGUUCAAGCAAGCUUUACAUGGAAAUCUCUAGAAGUUGAACUACUAUCUCAGAUGCAAAUUUGUCCUCUCAAAAACUAAAGGAACCAUGGGAAGCAUUGCCUGGAGCGAGCAGGUUCUGUUAGAUCAUACCCGAGAGAGCUACCAUCUCUUUUAGUAGAUAUUAAGUUCAUAUACAUGUUCAUAGAAGUGAAGUCGAAUCUGCUCAUGUAAUUGCUAGAUCAGUUAAUAAAAGGAGUUUUGUUUCUUUUUGUUAAAACACCCCAUUUAGUGCAUCAAGAUUCCUUUUGUACAAGGGAGCUGGUUAUGUAUCUUUAACGUUUAACGUUUUAAAUGAUCCCUUUUUUAUUA